UUCGCUCCAAAUUUUUUUAUAUAUCUAUCUAUCUAAUACGAGUAAUAUAAUAAUUCACAUCAAUAUCAAUUUCAUCUUUCGGAAGUAAAUCAUAAACCUGAAAAAAAGCUAGCCAUUGCAAUUAUCAGCGUGCCAGUAGAUUCAGUGGAUUUUCAUAAUUAUUAGGUUCGGUGUUCGGUUUCGUUAUCGUUAGUGUGCGGUCUGUUGAGUUUAGGUUUGGUUAUGUGUGUUUGUGGUUGUGAAUAUUUUGCGUAAAGUGCGGUUUUAGGUGGUGGUUUAGUGAUCGAAAGGGAGGAUAUAUGUAUUGUUAGGUGAAUGCGUGUUAGUAGUGAAAAAUUAGGGUGAUCCUUAGGAUAUAGAUACUGCCAUGACCACGGAGGUUUCUUCCUCUUCUGGUCAAUGGCACAAGCAGGAAUCAUGUUCGGUUUUGAAAGAUGGGGUUGUUGUUGAGAAAAGUUUGAUGAAUAAUGUGUCUGUAAGGACUGGUGAAGAGUUUUCGAUGGAGUUUCUGCAGUGUGUUAGUGCAAGAAGUAACGGGUAUCAUAACGAUAAUGGUAAAGUCGUCAGUAAUGGAAUGUUAUGUAAUGGGACUAAUGGCAACCAUCAUCUUGGUUAUGAGGAGUUAGGUGCUAUGCUUGGGUUGCAGAGGGUGGAUUAUGUGUGUGGUUCUAAUAUGAUGAAGUGUAUGUCUGCAAAUGGAUCGUUUUCUAGGCAGAGUGGUCCGUUAGUUGAUGUUUUUGUCCCUGAUUUGGCUCAUAGAACUUCAGGAUCAGGAGUUACAGAAGAUUCUCAAAGGGGAAAGUUUAAGUUUAUAUGCAGUUCGGGUGGUAAAAUCUUGCCUCGACCAUGUGAUGGAAAAUUGAGAUAUGUGGGAGGGCAAACACGUCUUGUUUCGAUACAGAAAAGUUUUUCAUGGCUAGAGCUUGUGAAGCGAACUAAUGAAUAUUGCAAUGAGUCUUACAUACUCAAGUACCAGCUUCCAGGAGAGGAUUUUGAUUCUCUUAUAUCUGUAUCGUCUGAUGAAGACCUUCACAAUAUGAUAGAGGAGUAUAAUGGGUUAGGUAUUAUUGACGGUUCACAGCGACUCAGAAUAUAUUUAAUUCCUCUAAUUGAAUCUGAAACCACGUGUGCCAUUGAAGCCAAUGCUGAUCAGCUGCAGAUUCCAGAUUAUCAGUACAUUGUUGCGGUCAAUGGAAUAGUCGAUCACAAUCUAACUAAAAACAACGAUUCACGGUGUUUGACAAAUGAAACGAACCUGUUGAUACCGAGUAUAGAUGAAAAUCCGAGCUUUCCUCAAAAGCAGUCUCCCUCUUUUGAUUCUUUGCAUGACGAUUUUGGCCUCAACAGUUCCAAUGGCACUCCAAAAUACUCUGAACUUCUAAGUUCAACCAUGUCUCCUGAUAAUAUUUCUCUUGAUUCCCUUGAUCCGGUACCACAAAUGAAUAUGAUGAAUGGUCACACAAAAGGGUAUAUUGAUCCAACAUAUGGUGGUAUUGAGAUACCAUCACUAAAUGGCCGGGCGUAUCAUUCUUUGAAUCUUACACCACAACCUGCUGAUCCAGUGGAUAUAUAUUUGGGGUCUGAUGCUAAUGGGUUUCAUCCUGGGAUGCCACAUGCAUUUUCUGAUCCACAGCUCCAAGAACGUGGCCGAAGCUCUUGUUUUGAUUCUCAUAAUGGGAACACUUUACCACCUACCUUGAACGUUGCACCUCCACCAGCCUAUGCACAGGUGGAAUCCUCCGUUGUCUUGCAAGAGAAGUCUGCUGAAAAACAUGAGAAUGUCCAUUCACAAGUUGUUAUUGAGAUACCAAGUGUGAAACAGCCUGCUUCUUACCAUCAGACAGAUCCUUUGAAGCGAGUACAUGAUCAUGCAAAUGGUGUAGAUGAGAAGCUUAGAGUAGCAGAGGACGAUCAAAGGAUAAAUGUUGGAUUGCAAAACAGCUCAAGGGAAAACAUACCGACUUUUUAUCAAGUACAGAGCUUUUCUGACAAUGACUCAUCUGUAAUUGCUAAUGGUGACAUCAAUAAAGUAUCAAAGGGCAAUCAUGAUCAGAAGUGUGUUCUGCAUAACCCACAAGUCUCAGACUACAUCGUCUCUGAAUCAGUCGCAACCAGUCUAAAGCCUGGUCCAGAUGCAGUGAUGCAGCAAUAUGUGAACAAUCAUUUAGAGAAUCAUCCAGCUGAGCCUGCUCUCAACAGCCAAAAAGUUGCUGAAAAUCUGCAAUAUGUAAUGACUGGGAUAGAAAAUGAUGAACAAGGAAACAUUAAGCCAUGGGUUCAUCAUCCCGAAAAAACUUCUGCUGAUUUACUUUCUGGCAUCUAUGAUAACAUAUCAUGUGACUCUGCUGUUGGGCUACCAAAUUUGCAUCUGAAUGGAAUAAAUGACCAGAAGUCUAUGUUAGUUAGCUCCAGCGAGUUGCAACUAUCAGCAGGUCUUGAUUUUGCAGGGGUAGAAUCACCACUAUGUUUUGGUCCUUCAACGCAGAAUCCAAUAACAGGUGCUGGUAUUAGGAGAGAAGUUUCACUGAUGGAUGAUGACUUCUUCAAUUACACAGAACAAGAAAUCAGUAGAAUGGGGCUCGAAGAAAACUACAACAAGACUCAGAAGGGUGUCUCAUCUGUAAAGGACAACUUGAAAAAGCAACUGGAAUUGCCUGACCUAUUGGGAGAUGCAAUUGAUGUUCCAAGUUCUUCAAAUAUGUUAGAUGCAUUUGGCACUGAAGCUCCUCUUUCGAUUGAAACAGAAGUUGGGAGUACUUGCUCAGAUUCAAAUGAAGAGGAUGUUGCUUCCAAUAAUGGAAGUAAGGAUGUCACGUUCAGUAACACUUUAAUAGUUGAAAUGGAAGCUGAUAUGUAUGGCCUCCAGAUAAUAAAAAAUGCUGAGCUUGAAGAGCUAAGAGAGUUGGGUUGUGGUACCUAUGGAACUGUUUAUCAUGGCAGAUGGCGUGGAUCAGAUGUUGCUAUCAAAAGAAUCAAGAAAAGCUGCUUUGCUGGGAGAGCAUCCGAGGAAGAACGGCUGACCAAUGACUUUUGGAGCGAAGCACGCAUCCUUUCUAAUCUUCAUCAUCCAAAUGUGGUUGCAUUUUAUGGAGUCGUACCAGAUGGAGAUGGAGGGACUUUAGCUACUGUCACUGAAUUUAUGACUAAUGGAUCACUUAGAAAUGUCCUAAUAAAAAAGGAUAGGUUACUUGAUCGACGUAGAAAGCUCAUAUUAGUCACGGAUGCAGCUUUCGGAAUGGAAUACCUACAUUCCAAAAAUAUUGUUCAUUUUGAUCUAAAAUGUGACAACUUGUUGGUAAAUAUGCGUGAUCCACAACGUCCUGUUUGCAAGGUUGGUGACUUUGGACUGUCAAAGAUCAAAAGAAAUACUCUAGUCACAGGUGGCGUCAAAGGAACUUUACCUUGGAUGGCACCAGAAUUGUUAAAUGGUAGUACCGUUCGAGUUUCUGAAAAGGUUGAUGUGUUCUCUUUUGGUAUUACCAUGUGGGAGAUCCUAACUGGUGAAGAACCGUAUGCAAAUAUGCAUUGUGGGGCAAUCAUAGGAGGGAUUGUGAAUGAUACUCUUCGGCCUAGUAUACCAGAGCAGUGUGAUCCUGAAUGGAGGGAACUGAUGGAGCAGUGCUGGUCCACGGACCCUGGCAUUCGACCUUCAUUUUCUGAAAUCUCAAGUAGACUACGGACCAUGUCCAAGACCCUCCAAGCAAAUGGAGUAAAAAAAGGCUCACAUGCCUAGUUCUCUACUCAUCUUGUGUUUUUCGUGUUAUGCCACAUCAUCUAUAUUGAUAUUUCAUCAGGGGUAAUUUUUGUUUCUGCAUGCAAAUGGUCAUUUGUUCAUUCUUUUUCAACUGAAAACGGCUUCAUGUUAAUAGUAUCAAAGCGAAUAGAUAGCAUUGCUUACACAAGUAUCAGUUUGGUAUAUAUAUGAUCGGCUUUUUCAUUAUC